UCUCAAACAAUUUCCAUCGCUAUUAGUUAGCAAACACAAAUUAAAACUCGGAUUCUAAAAACAUAGAUUUUAUUAAAGAAAUUACCGUUAAGUGGUAUAUUAAAACAUACGGAUGAAUUAGUACACAAAUGUGUUGUAGAACGUUGGAGAAACACAGUGCGAAAAAUAUUAAAAUGAGUACCGACAGCGCCGAGGAAACGGUGAUCCAUUCCACUGUUCCCCAUUUGGAGAUUAACAUAUCAAACACCAACAUCAGCGGCCAGAUUGUUUUAAACGACUUGCUGCUCAUGGAGAUGCUCGCCCGGUAUCCCUUCCUUAUCAUCCCGCAGGUGGAGCCCAAAAUGGACGUUGACUACGACUCCUGGGGUUGGGAUCAGCUGGCCAAGUCCUUUAACCAAAGCUACGAGCACGUUGAGCUGAGUACUCCGUUCUCCGUAAGUGAACUGAAGCUGCGUUGGGUGAAGCUGCGCCCGCUGGUCAGAGCCUUGGCCGGUUCCAAAGGGCAAAUCCCUGAACCUCUGUGGCGGGUGAUGCACGAUGUGCACAUUCGCAUGCAAGCCCCGAAUCCGGCGGAUGUGCCGAAAACCAAGUGUCAGGAGUUUCUUCUCAGUCAGUUGCCUUUCGUGAAAUCUAUGGCGCAAGCGGAACGCCGGCAUUUAGAAGUGGAGGUCCUCGCCCUCAUCCUGGAGCAAGAGCGCCAAGAGAAAGCUACUCGAAAGCUGGGUCCUAAGGACCUGGAGACGGUUCAGAGCGAAUACGACGAAUUUCUUAAAGCGAUACGGGUGAAAGAGCUCCCAGCAGACAAUUUACUCAGUCCGGCCAUGGACAGAUUCGGCAUUAGCCCACACAAAAUAAGACCCAAUGUCGCAAGUGCCAAUAAAAGAAUCAGAUAUAAUAAUGCUUGCAAAGGAUCAAAUGAUGUCAAAAUCAAAAUAGAAACAGCUAUUGAACCUAAAAUUAAAGAUACAACAAAAUGUGACGAACGACCGAUAGAAACACCACGCUUCGUUCCUCUUAAAAGCGCGAAAUACUACAUUAAAAGGUGUCGCAUCCGGCUGAAGCGAGUGGAAAUUGAUGAUUAUUUACCCUUAGCUAGAAUACGGCGCUCAAGGCGGCCUACGCUGAGAACAUGACUUUCUUUCGUAUAAAAUGCACAUAAGUUUAUUAAAAAAUACAUUACUAUAAAUU